GCUUUGUCACCAGAUGCAGCUCGAAUGACUUAAUGCAACGUGUCAAGGAGAAGCUUGGAAUCCACAGACCUUCAAAGGAGGCUCGAUGGCCCAGCAAAGCAUGAAGGUGAGACCUGUGCUCCUGAAGCGGAACAGUCUGGAUUCAGUGGACUUUGUGAAACAGCCUCACCACCGCAGAAGCAAAUCCCAACAAGUCCGCUUCAAGGAGGAUGGAGCUAGUAAGAAUCAAGCUGGCCUGCCAGAGAUUGAUGUCCAAACAGACCAAGACUCCACCCUGACUGGGAAGGUGCAGGCAUCUCGGCACCAUCACCUGCCCAACUACUCCCUCUCCUUCCCCAGGUCCCAGAAGGGGGGAAGCAUCCGAAACAUUGCAAUCCAAACUUCUCCCAGCCUUAGGAAGCACUUCCCUGUUUUUAAAAGGAAAAAGCUCACAGCCAGCAAGUCACUAGUGGAAAUGCCCACAGGAUCUAAAAACUCCAUCCAAGUCAAUGGCAACCUCUCAGAGCAGGACAUCAUGUCUUCUGAUCUUGCCUAUUUACGGAUCACUAGGCAUUUAGAUGAUGUGCCUCACAGAGGUAAGAAAGCGCAUCCAUUUUUUCCCAGAGUGUCCAAGGCACAGAGCAAUGGGCCUGUUAGCAUCUGCUUUGAAGCAGAUGCUCUGGAGCCCUCAGAAAAGGUGACAGCUUCCAUACAAGUUCCUGAUGAUAUAUGUCAUAGCCCUCCAUGGGGUACCAAAGCCCCCACUUACGGCAUGGACAGGCCAGUUGAAUUAAGCAAUGCAAUACAUCCUUGUGCUAAUAUGUGCCCAGAGGAUGUGAAUGGCAGGCUGCCAUCUAGUUCAGAAAGGCCCUCCUCCUGCUUGAGUACUGCCAGCGGUGCUCACUCCUUGCCUGGCAGAGAUAAAAUGGACCCUGAAUUGCUUUUGCCCAAAGACACAUCUGGCAUGAAAGAGCCAGCUCCUUUAUCACCUCCAUCAAAGGGAACUUGCACUCCUUCACCUCCACAGACUCAUAGCUCCUUGCCUUGUUUCCUUGGAGAGCACAGACAGGCAGUCCCUCCUGAAACUGCUUCUGACUGUACUACACUGAGUAAUGAUCACAAGGACCUAAUAUCAUUGACACCUAGCAACAUGACAAAAUCUGCUACUGAGUGUCGGGAGGAGACAGAGAAAAAUUCCAGCCAGGCAGAUCCUUUGGAGUUUAAAAAUUGUUUAGGAAGCUUUCACCUCCAGUCUUCUCUCCCAAGGAGUGAAAUCAAACCUCCAACCAACAAAGAGAUUAAAGGAAUUAAUCAAAUUCACCUGGCACAUGGUGAACUGUGUGACCUCCAAGGGAGACUACAAUCCGUGGAGGAAUCUUUGCACUCAAACCAAGAGAAGAUUAAAGUCCUUCUGAACGUAAUUCAAGACUUGGAAAAAGCCAGAGCCCUCACUGAAGGGCGUAACUUCUACCGAACUGGCCAAGACCUCAACAACUGCAGCACUUGUCAGAACACAGCAUGCAUCAUAUACAGUGUAGAAUAUGAUUUCCGACAGCAAGAAGGGAGGUUCCAUCAAGUCCUAAGUAGUCUGGACCAAGUAGAACCACCACCAGAGACAGCCCUACCACCAAAGCCGCCAGCAGAGCCUCCUGCUCCUGAAAAACAGGACUUACGGAGGAAAACCAAAAAGGUGAAGAAGAAAUGUUUCUGGUGGAUUUGAGCUUAUUAGAGCACUGCAAUCCUCAAGCUGCCUUCCCAAGGUGGGGAAGCCAAGUGCCAUGUCCUCUCCUGCUUGGGAGCCAAACUGCUCAAAAGACCACCAAGGCCAUCCCAGGAGGUGUGCAAAAUACAGACCUAAUCAGAGACGGGCAGGCAGGCCUCAGCAGGGUUGGGACCAGUCACCCAAUGGACUCAAUGGCAGAAGGAGCAG